UCAUUUUGGCUCAAGCCAGCCUCAAGCCCCGUGGUCGCCAGUUCCCCCGCGCACGGGCGGUCCGAAGUGUGGCGCUGCAGGGUCUUGAAGAGGCUUGUGAUGGCGCCGGAGGGGUCGCCCUCUGGUGAUCCUGGAGUUUGUCUACGUCGUUCGAGGGCGCAGCGCUCGGCUGCGCAGAGGCGGGCCCGCGCCGCUGCGAACCGUGGCUUCGCCGUGGCUCGUCAGGAAGUGGAGCAGCUGAAUGCCAAGGUCGAGCUGCUACAGCAGCCUCGCACGACCGAUUUGCGCGCGCAGCAGGCCAUCGACGUCCUACCUCCACCUCCCGAACGUAUGAGCUCGCCCAGCGGCUACGGUCGCUCCGGGCGGCGCUACUGGUUCAUGCGCAGCUGGAUGCUGGCCCGGAGACGCAUUCUCGCAGACGAGGGGGCGCGAUACGCUCUGUUGAGCAGCUCCUCGACGUUCACCCCAAGAGUUGAGCUCACCGGCGCGGCAUCAGAGGCGGCCGACAGGGCACGUCACGAGCCGCUGGCCGCGGAGUCUGCGAGCAACGCAGAGGCAGCAGCGGGAUCUCGCCCCGUCCUGCAGGCGCUGGAGGGUGGCGGAGCAGGCGGUGGAGCUCGAGGAGCAUGCCGCGGCGCCGCCGAGUGUGCCCAAGGCGCUUGGCACGAGGUGCACACGUGA